AUGUCGUUGUUGAGCCAGGAGGAUUUGAUCAGGGUGUUCAGUACUGGUGAGAUCAGUGUCUGGGCUGAAAUCUUGGGAUUUGUUGGUGAGGAACGGAAAGAAUAUUUCAUCAGGCAUUUUGAUGAUCAGACGGUGGCGGCAGCUGUUUUCAAACACGUGAAGGAGAACGAGAUCCUGUACACCAUGAGCUACAACCCCUCCUACUGCUGGAUCCUCGCUCUGGCACUGGGCCCCUUCUUCACACAAAGAGUCAGGGACCCACAGAGUGUUCCCAAGACCAUCACCCAACUGUACUCCUACUAUAUUUACAACAUCCUGAAAAACCACGGCCGUGAGAUUGAGAACCCCUGUGAUGUGUUACUCAGGGUUGGUCAGAUGGCCUUCAGAGGAGUGUCCGAGAGGAAGAUUGUGUUUACAGAUGGAGAUUUGAUCAAGUACAAUCUGCAGCCUUCCCAGUUCCUGUCCGGGUUCCUGAUGGAGCUUUUGGAGAGAGAAGAUUCUGCCCGGAGCAUGGUGUACACAUUCCCACACCUCACCAUCCAAGAGUUUGUAGCUGCAGUCGCACAAUUCUUGAUUUCAGAUGGCAGAGAUAUUAUGAAACUCCUCACUGAAACUCACAACACGACAGAUGGGCGAUUUGAGGUAUUUCUCCGUUUUGUUGCUGGUCUCUCCAACCCAAUGACAGCUCGGGGCCUGGAGGAGUUUCUGGGUCCAUUUCCCAAUGAAACAACCUGCCGGGUGAUUGACUGGGUGAAGGAGGAGGUUAAACGCCGGAGUGUAAACACAAAGAGUGAAGCUGGUAAAAGGAGCCUCCUGAACACGUUGCACUACCUGUUUGAAUCUCAGAAUUGUGGACUGGCUCAGGCUGCACUGGGAUCUGUGGAAACACUUUCAUUCAGUGGAAUGACACUGACCCCGAUUGACUGCGCGGUCCUGUCUCAUGUCAUCGGACACUGUAAUACAAUAAAACACCUCGACCUGGGGAACUGCCACAUUCAGUGUGAAGGAAUCCAGCGGCUGGGACCCGGGCUGCACAAGUGCCAGGAGUUGAGACUUGGGGAGAAUGAACUCGGAGAUUCGGGAGUGAAAUUGGUGUCUGUGGCUCUGAGGAACCCGGAGUGUAAAAUACAGAUACUGUGGCUGUGGGAUGUCGGCCUCACAGAUUCUGGCGUCGAGGAUUUCGCCUCCGCUCUCAGUACAAACCCAUCACUGACGGAGCUGGACAUGAGUGAGAAUAAACUGGGAGAUUCAGGAGUGAAACUGGUGUCUGCGGCUCUGAGGAACCCGGAGUGUAAAAUACAGAAACUGGGGCUGAUCGAUGUCGGUCUCACAGAUUCUGGUGCCAAUGAUCUCGCCUCCACUCUCAGUACAAACCCAUCACUGACGGAGCUGAACCUGAGUGGUAAUAAACUGGGAGAUUCAGGAGUGAAACUGGUGUCUGCAGCUCUGAGGAACCCGGAGUGUAAAAUACAGAGACUGUGGCUGAUCGAUGUCGGUCUCACAGAUUCUGGCGUCGAGGAUCUAGCCUCCGCUCUGAGUACGAACACAUCACUGAUGGAGCUGGACAUGAGUGAGAAUGAACUGGGAGAUGCAGGAGUGAAAAUUGUGUCUGCGGCUCUGAGGAACCCGGAGUGUAAAAUACAGAAACUGCGGCUGACCCGUGUCAGUCUCACAGAUUCUGGUGCCGAGGAUCUCGUCUCCGCUCUCAGUGCAAACCCAUCACUGACGGAACUGAACCUGAGUGGUAAUGAACUGGGAGAUUCAGGAGUGAAACUGGUGUCUGCGGCUCUGAGGAACCCGGAGUGUAAAAUACAGAAACUGUGGCUUGACAAGGUUGGUCUCACAGAUUCUGGUACCGAGGAACUCGUCUCCGCUCUCAGUACAAACCCAUCACUGACGGUGCUGAACCUGGGAUUAAACUCGCUCACAGACCGAUCUGUCCCCGCUCUCUACCGCCUCAUACUGACCGUCCCGAAUCUGGAGUGGAUCUGCCUGGGGUCGAAUCAGUUCAGUGAGAUCGGGGGUAAGGAACUGAGAUGUCUGCAGGGAGUCAGACCCGGACUGAGAGUGAUCCUGUGACCAUCUGAAUGUGUGAACAUCCCUGUCUGUGGGAUGGUGGCAUUUUGUCCGAUUCUCCGCCCUCCCCUUUAAUGCCCGUCAUUACCUUUAAUGUCCGUGCCAGAUUUAAUUCCCAAUGGUUUUAACGGAACCGGCUCCAGUCUCGAGCUCGGUGACAUCGGAAGCCGUCCCACAGUGACCUAUUUCCGCCUCUUGUCUGGCGGCCACCUGUGUGGGUUCGAGACUGCCCCAGGAAAUACAAAGACCGGAUGAGCCCGAGGUCCAGUGCUCAGUCUGGGACAUCGGUGUCCUGGGGUGGAAUUAUCCAAGGUGACAAUCCUUUUGCUCCCUUUGCUGAGGACGGUGCAUAUGACAGCCUGGCCAAUAUAAUGAUGUUAAAUUGACAAAUCCCUCGGCAGUGACCCUGGAUCUACAGCGAUCCCGGACACGGCCCGGAAGUGUGAUUUUAUAAUCAUCGGUUCCCCGAUGCAGAGUGACGGUGAGAAACGGGACUGAUUAUUCAACCGGUCACUCGUUGUCGCCGGUCAGUUAAUUGUGUGUGACUGUGACUGAGUCGGGAGCAGCUUAUUUAUUCCCGCACGUCAGCAGUUCACACAUUGUUUAAUUUACAUUUGUCAUGAUGAAAUCAAUAAACCGCUGUAGCUUCCUG